AUGGACUUAUUUACCCAACGGAUCAUUGACAGUUGGUUUUCAUCUCUGGAAAGAAGAACAAUUCAAAGACACUUCGCAGACUUUGAUUAUUUCUCGUUUGCUCACAGUGAUGGAAACGACUUACAACACAGACCAAUACAGACUUUUUCGCAUUUAAAACCGAACGACCUGCUACACUUUCCUCCCUCUUAUGAGUUUAAAGAAACGAAACAGUUUUUAACUCAAAAAACUCAGACGUUCACAAGUGCUGGUUUCCAUGAUUCUGAAGAACUUAUAAACUUUUUUAAACAAAAAGAAUUCAGCUUCGUGACGCUUCGAACGCCAAAUAAAGAAUUUGUGGUGCACAAAGCUGUGCUGUGCUCCAAAUCACCUGUCUUUAACGCCAUGUUUGAAAGAAAUAUGAUUGAAAAUGAUACGAACUCAGUUCAUAUAGAUGAUAUUGAAAGUGAGACUGUCUCUUUACUUAUAAAAUUUUUGCAUUUUGAGCCCUUGGGAACUCUGCAUUGGGAAGAUGUAACAAAAUUGUAUUAUGCCGCUGAUAAGUAUCAAAUAGAAGGUUUGAAGAAAUUUUGCAGAUCUUUCCUAGAAACUGUUUUAUCAUUAGAAAAUGUGCUUGAUCUAUUUAUACUGGCUGAUAAGCAUCAAGAUAAGAACAUAAUGUCCUGUGCUGAAAAAUACUUCCGCUUAAAUUUCGAAAAAAUUCUGAUUUCAGCGGAAUGGCAAAGAUUUUUGCGAAGCAAUUAUCAGCUAGCUACUAGAAUCGGUAAUGAAAUUCAAUCUCCCAAUUAA